CUGGCCCUGGGGCCUCAUCUGGCCCUGGGGCCUCGAGUUUGAAACCAGUGAUGUAGGUGGAACUCUGCUGUCUGCUGCCCCCUAUAGGCAUAAGCAUUUGCUUUUCAAGUGGGAGGAAAUAGCAAGCUCGAAGUAUGCUUUUGUGCUUUUAACGUCACGGCGUCGUCUGCUGGCAGCUUUCAACAACGCGUCUGUUCGUGAACAUGACGUCAUAGAAAUGACGUUUGACACGAGUCGCACAAGAGGCUGAAAAUAGUUUGGGAAGAACGCAACCGGAACUUCCCUCUCCACCAAUGGCGUGUGAGAGCUACAGCGAAGGGCGUGACUGACAAGGUAAACGGCCCAAUGGCAAGGCUGUAAUUGCGCUAACGCAUUCGAGCGGCAGGCGACUCGGCCAAUCGCGAGCCUCUUCCCGAGCGCAGCCCCGGCGAGCGUGAAGGCGGCGCGCGCUAGGCACAGAGGAGGAGAUGGGCAGAAGCUGAACAUGGCGGAUGGUGACAGCGGGAGUGAGCGCGGCGGUAGCGGCGGUGGCGGGGGCUUUCAGCACUUUCAGCGGGACCAGGAGACCCAGGAGCUGGCCUCCAAGCGCCUCGACAUCCAGAACAAGCGCUUCUACCUGGACGUCAAGCAGAACAGUAAGGGCCGCUUCAUCAAGAUCGCCGAGGUCGGGCCCGGAGGCUCCAAAAGUCGGCUGACCCUCUCGCUGUCAGUGGCCGCUGAGGUGCGCGAUUACCUCGGGGACUUCAUCGAGCACUAUGCCCAGCUAGGCCCUAGCAGCCCCGAGCAGAUCGCACAGGCUACCGCUGGCGAGGACGGUGGGCCUCGGCGAGCCCUCAAGAGCGAGUUUCUGGUGCGGGAAAACCGCAAGUACUACUUGGACUUGAAAGAGAACCAGCGGGGGAGGUUUCUGCGGAUCCGGCAGACCGUCAACCGGGGGCCCGGCUUCGGCAUGGGCGGCCCGGUGGGCGGCAUGCUGGCCGGCCAGACCAUAGCCCUUCCGGCGCAGGGCCUGAUCGAGUUCCGAGACGCCCUGGCCAAGCUCAUCGACGACUACGGCGGCGAAGACGACGAGCUGGCCUGCGGCGGCGCAGGCGGUAUGGCGGCGGGGGGCUUCGGCGAUCUCCCCGAGGGCACCUCCAUCAUGGUGGACUCCAAGCGCUUCUUCUUCGACGUGGGCUCUAACAAGUACGGGGUGUUUCUGCGCGUCAGCGAAGUCAAGCCCAGCUACCGGAACUCCAUCACGGUACCCUUCAAGGCCUGGGCCAAGUUCGGCGGCGCCUUCAGCCGCUACGCUGACGAGAUGAAGGAGAUCCAGGAGCGCCACCGGGACAAGAUGUACGAGAGGCGGGACGAGUCGGAGGGCGACGACGUGGAUGACGACUGAGCGCGCGCACGCACGCCGCCUCCGCCGUACGUGCGCCCCAGCGCGCGCACGUACACCCACAGCAUUGGAGAAAAAAAAGAAGAAAGAGUGAACGAGCGUCCAUCAGCCUCGUGGUGCGGUGUCACUUAGCACCCAAGUUGGACUCGGUAGUGUUCGAAUCGUGACCUAAGUGCGUGUCGUGGAGGCUGAAAGGCUCCCGGUGUCCUCCUCGUUGUCGUUCACGUUGUGGGAUGUUUUGUAGGUUGGCCUCGGAGGAGCAGCUGCCAAUCAAAGUCUCACACACACACACACACAAAUACACAAAUGCAAACGCGCGCUCGCACACACGCACAAAGGAUUACUGUCCGCCACAUGUUUGACGAGGGGGAUGAAGUCAGCCGCAAUUACAGCCAGGGCACAUUCUUAGCAAUACCGGCAGAGGAGUGCAGCGUUUGGGGCUCCCCAGCAGAACCAGCAGAAACGCUUUUGCCAUCGACCUCUCUCUCGCCUCACUCGGGACAAAAAAAAAAAACAAACAAACAAAAAAAAAAAAACGAACAUCAGCAAGAGACGCUGCUGGACACCAACUAACACGUCCGUGGAUGUUCUUUUUCCUUUUUUUCUUUUCCCAAGAAAAAAAAAAAAAAGAGAACUAUAUUAUUGACACGAGAUUAUAGGAAAGUUAUUACAAACCAGCGACAAAAAAA